AUGAAGCCCAUUGUGAGCGCGGUGCAGGCAUGGUCUUGCUUUGUCAUUUCAUGUUUUGCCAUUGUCAUAUUGUCGGUGCUCGGUAUCCUCUUCAGGGGUAACCAUCCUGAGCUUGUUGGCGGCGAGGAAGACCCCGAAGACGGACCAGCAGUUGCAGCCACGGUCUUCACUGCUGUCAUUAUUUACGCUGGCUUCCUCAUCUUUUGCGGUUUCCAGGGUCUAUUGCAUAUACGCGAGAAUCGGAGAGGCUCGAUCGCACUAUAA